GGAAGCAGAGGGGCGGCGGUUCCGCUGCGCGGCGGCGCGGCCUCCCCGGAGCCGCCCGGCCGGCGCGGCAUGAGCCCGCCCUGAGAUGGCGGCGCCAUGCCGGACACGGACGCUGCAGGUGGUGGACACGGAGUUCAGCGCGGACGCCGUGGAGUGGUGCCCGGUGGAGGGCUGGCACAGCAUCCUGGCCUGCGGCACCUACCACCUCCGCCCGCCCGCCGCGACUGACUCCCGGGGGAGCAAUGGGGCCUGUGACCGGACCGGGCGCCUCUACCUGUAUCACUACAACGAAGAGCAGCCCUACAUCCCGCUGACAGAAAUCCAGAGGAUUGACACGGCCGCCGUCCUGGACAUCAAAUGGUGCCACGUCCCCGUUGCAGAACAUCCCAUGGUUGGCAUUGCAAACUCGACAGGUGCCGUGGAGUUUUGCCACCUGACUGGAAGUGAGAAGAACAGCUGCAUGUUGGAGCCAUGCUUCAGGGUCGAUCUUGGCGCACAGUGUCUGGCCUUGUCCUUAGACUGGUCCACUGGACGAGAGCAAUGUGGAUGUCCUUUGAGAGUGAUCAGCAGUGAUUCAGAGGGGAAGCUGAAUCUUUUCUCCAUAGAUGAAUCUGCUCCUUCUGUGCAUGUCCUGAACCAGUGGGAAGCUCACAAAUUUGAGGCCUGGAUUGCUGCUUUUAAUUACUGGGACACCGAUAUUGUGUAUUCAGGAGGAGACGACAGCCUGCUGAAGGGCUGGGACACCAGGUGCAGUCCAGAGACUCCUGUCUUCACCAGCAGGAGGCAUUCAAUGGGUGUGUGCAGCAUUCAGUGCAGUCCCCACCGGGAGAAUCUUCUGGCUACUGGCAGCUAUGAUGAGCACGUGCUGUUGUGGGACACCAGGAACAUGAAGCAGCCGCUGGCAGACACCCAUGUUGAAGGUGGAGUUUGGAGGCUGAAGUGGCACCCAACCUGUGAUUUUGUGCUGUUAGCAGCCUGCAUGCAGAGUGGAUUCAAAAUCCUUGACUGCCGUGGAAGCAUGGCGGAAAACAUGGAAGAAUGUAUCAUCCUGUCAUCCUAUGUCCUGCACAAUUCCUUGGCCUAUGGGGCUGACUGGUCAAGGCUGUGUCCGAGGGAUUCCUUGGCUGCAACACAGGACUCUGCUGCUGCAUGCCAGUCUUCAGAGGAGCUUGUGGGAAGAUCAGAGGAAGAUGAGAGACUGAAUUUGCAGGUGCAAAACCUGAAGAUAAUUUAUGAGUCUCCUACAGCUACUUUUGAUGUAAUACUGGAUGAGGAGAGUGAAGGCCCUGCCUUGCCACUCAAAGGAGAGAGGGACCCGAAGCUGUCUGGGGAUUCUGACCCGGUUAGGGGCUCUGGUCUAAAGGGAAGUUUAGGUUUGGUUGGGGGUCCAGAUCGAGGGGGAGAUCCCAGGUCAGCCAGCGGUUCUGACGCAGGAGCUAAGAGACCCAACGGAAUGGGCCUGGACAGAAGUGGGGAUUCAGGCAGGUCUCUAGACAGCCCAAAAGAAAUGAGCAUUGUAGCAACUUGUUCGUUCUAUGACAAUAUCCUCCAUGUCUGGAAGUGGGAGAUGAGCCUGGUUACCCCUUCAGAGACACCAAGUACUCGAUCUCCAUCUGAAACAACAGGUGAAAGUUUGCACUGACCAGUCCCAAGGGAGAAGGGCAGGAAAACUCCAGUACUGAGAGCCAUGUCCAAGCUUAUGCCCUGUCUAAUUUCUGUUGGGCUUUUCUAGUUUUGUUGUUGAGCUUGUGAGUCUCUUAAGGCUGACAUGCUGGAAUUACUGGUGUUUUUAUUUUCAGCACUGAGGAGAGCCUUUCCUUUGAGGCAUGUGGUCAGGCACAGACGUGUUUAUUUAGUUUUCCCUUAAUGUACUAGUUCAAAGUAGGAUGGCCUUGUUUGUACUUUAUAUUUGAAUCCCUUUGCGACUGGUUUGCAUUGGUACGAUUGAUCUGUUAAGCCCGUUCUCCUUCCGUCACAAACCAAACUUGUCUGUGCUGCUACGUGUAGAUGAACACAGUAUGUGAUCAGAGAGCUCAGAAGAGCCCAUGAGUAGAGGCUUAGCUGUGUGUGUAGCUUGCUGUGUGAUCUGUAAACUAGUGUGUACUUUGAGAAGACGCUCAAAGACAGUCCAGAUACUGACAGUGCACUGUGCUUACAGUGAACUUUACUAGAGAGGAAUUCCUUUUUAGAAGGAAAUCCAGACUAACCGGUAUGACAGACAGCGGUUCCGUGAUGCGAGGCUUUGUUCUGAGCGGAGCCUUUCUUGUAAGGGUUCUGGUAUAUCUGCACGGCCUGAUUUUUGCAUCAGACCUGUCACCUGAUUGCAGCCUGACUUUGUCACUCCCCAAGCAAAGCACACCCUGGUUUAGCAUAAAUUGCAUAGUGGGCCCUGCUACAUUUUAGUGCCACGCUUAACCAGCCCCCCAGCCUCUUGGUAUCAAACUCAUGUUUCCCACUCUCUGCAGCAAGAUGUACAUUUGGGUCCAAAGUCAAGACCUUUCAGUUUUUUUAAAGGUAAACAGCUUUAAGAUCAACACUUCCAAAAAGUAUAAGCAGUGUUUCCUGACAUCUUUUAAGUUCACUGUAAGUCCAGAAACCAAAAUCUUAACAACAUUGCCCUACCUACCUCCAGGAAUGGCUGCAGAAUUUCUCAUGGUUGCUCCAUCAGCUUUCUUUUUUCACUGUGAAGUAUCAGCAAAACACUGUUUCUAGAACACUUUGUUACCUUCCUAGAAACAAAAAAGCAGCUUAAACUAGGUAACUUGUAGCUUGCAUGGUUUCUUUUUGAUGGUUCUAAAGAAUUAGUUGUCUGGAGGGAAAGAAACACCAGCAACAGGUAUCUAUCUCUAACAGUGCUGCAUCAAAACCGAGGUACAGCAGAUAAGAAUUUUACUGCUUUGAAACUCCUUUUUCCAAGGGUGAAUGUGUAUUUUAGAAAACAUUCUUGAGCACUGUUACAUGAAGAUUCGUAUUAGUAUUGUGAACAAGAGCUUUUGUAACAAAAAAAACCAAACCACCCUAUUUUUGGAUGUUUCUAAAAUAAAAUCAAUAUAAGUGA